AUGGGUAAAUGGUGGCGGAGGAUGUUGGUGGAAAAGGAGGAAUUGUGGUACCGUGUACUUAAAGCUCGGUACGGUGAGGAGGGGGGUCGUUUGAAAGAGGGAGAUAGUCAUUGCUCGGUUUGGUGGCGGUCUAUGAAUAGGAUUCAUGAUGGGGUGGGUGAGGGAGUUGGUCACUGGUUUGAUAAUAAUGUUCGUAGGGUUGUUGGAAAUGGUAGGGGUACCUCUUUUUGGCAUGACAUUUGGGUUGGGGAAAUCCCUUUGAAGUUUAAAUUUCUCUGCCUUUUUGAGUUGUCUGUUGAUAAGGAGUGUUCGGUGGAGGUGAUGAGGACAGGAUUAAGGGCGGUUGUUGGGAGGGAGAGGUUAUGGCGUCGUCGUUUAUUGGCGUGGGAGGAGGAGAGUGUGAGGGAGUGUCUUGUGUUAUUUCAUAACAUUGUUUUACAGGAAAACGUCGAAGAUACUUUGAGGUGGCUGCUAGACCCUAUUCAUGGCUAUUCGGUAAGGGGGGCAUACCGCUUCCUUACUACCUCGGUUGACAGGUUCCCUUUGGUCUCUGGUUUGGCUUUGGCUAGGUAUAUCUUUUGUCUCACCUGUUGA